AGAGUCCAAAUCUGGCAACCACACCGUCCACGUCGUCAUUUCCGAAGCCGAAGAAUAGGGUUCGCUUGGUUCGUGACCUUGCACCGCCCGCCUGAGCUUUUAGUACAAUGUCAGUUGCAGUUGCCAUGACCGCUCUCACAUCGACUGAAAUAGCAACUUUUAGGGAAAUGUUAAAACAACGGUAGUCGAGCUGCUCCAGCGUGGGAUUGAGCCGAGUGAAGGGAAGUUCUGGGUGAUAAAAUAAAAGGUUCUGAAAGCCCGACUGAGGAAAGCGGAGAAGCGUAUUACAUCAAAAUGGCAACCCCCUAUGUGACAGAUGAAUCUGGGAAAUACAUAGCUGCAACUCAGCGACCCGAUGGGACAUGGAGGAAGCCGAGACGGGUGAAGGAUGGUUAUGUCCCCCAGGAGGAGGUCCCCGUGUAUGAAAACAAAUACGUCAAGUUUUUCAAGAGCAAACCCGACCUGCCUCCUGGCAUGAGCCCAUCAGAAGCAGCUGCACCAAAACAGCAGCAGCAAAAGAUACCCGGCUGUGCGGACAGCGAGAUGGCCAGUCUGUCAAAGUCGGCGAAACGCAACAUGAAACGCAAGGAAAAACGAAAACAGCAGCAGCUCCAGGAUCAGGACGGCGAGGCGGAGGCGGAGGUGGAUGCAGUGAGCAGCGCCGUGGAGAACGUGUCCAUCUCAGAGAGAGGCGAAUCUGACACCAAGACCCAGGGAACCACGUCAGUUUCGACACCAGAUGAGUCUUCAGCAGCUGCAGCAGCGGGAGCUGAAAAGGCCAAGAAGAUCAAAAACCUGAAAAAGAAGCUACGGCAGGUGGAGGAGCUGCAGCAGAAGGUGGACUCAGGGGAAAUAAAGCAGCUGACGAAGGAUCAGCUGGAAAAGCUGGGCCGCGCCGAGACCUUACGAGAAGAGCUGGAGCAGCUGGAACGCGACUCCUGAACCGGAAAAAAACGGGAGAGUCAGACUAAUCAUGCAAAUUGCAAACCGGAAGGGACCUUUGCAACUUCCAGAAACAGUUUCCCUAUUUGACAUUCAUCAUGAAUGAUGGCAGGAAGCGCAGCUCUAAGGACAGCAUGUCUGUGUGGCAGACAUCACACCUGUUUUCUUUAGUUUUAGUUUGUGACCCAUCUGCAAAUAUUCAUUUUAACUAUCUUUUAAACAGAUCGUUGUGACUUGUUUUGUGCUUCUAUGUUGUUUCCAUUUUUUUUUAUUUUUAAUCCCAUCUGGAACCACAGGAAAUAAAAACACAAAACUUUGUGAAAGAGGGUUUAGUUUGUGUUCCCCUUAAACAAUAACAACACAGCAAAAACAAAAACUCUUACUGAAAAUCUUUGGUUUAGUUUCUUAAAACACUUGAAAUAAGACAGAACAAACUUGAAAGUAAAUUUUCAGCAAGUUAUAGGAGUUUGCUUUAGGUAAAUAAUUUUUUAAUAUUGAUUCCAAAAAGUACUAGUUCCACUAACAGAUCAUUUCACUUAUUAUUUCCAUGUAAUAAGUGAAAUAGUCUGUCAAUGGAAAUAGAACUUUUUACCUAUUAAUGAAAUACUUAAAACAAGCUCUUAUAUUUUGCUGAAAAGUUACUUCUAAGUUAGUUUUCUUAUUUCAGAUAUUUGUAUUAGAAAC